UGAGGGAGCCGAGGACGGUGAUGGGAUGGACGUCGACGACGAGUACCCCAGGAUCGCCUUCCCUGACGGCACGAGCGAGGCCACCAAGACCCUCACCAGGGAGAUCGUCGCCGGCACAUUCACCCAGCACAGCGUCACGGCCAUGCUCCACCAGGGGGCCGACCCCAAGGUCAUCGUCGACGUCGCAUUUGAGCAUGAGACCCUCGACAACAGAAGCCUGGUGAUGCUCGCGAUGGAGCACCACGACACCAACACGCAGACCGCCAGGGUUGUGCGUGUGCUGGUGCCGCCAUGGCGAGGCGGUGGAGGCGGCGGUGGGGUAUGGGAUGUGGGGGGUGCUGACGGCGCUGCUGAUGGGGGAGCCCGUUCUCAAGAACAGGCAGCUUCUGCACUGCCUGCAUCGCAGUGAGGCCCUCACGGACAAGGCCAAGCUCGGCCUCGCCAAGGCCCUGCUCGCCCGUGAGCCAUCCCUCACGGCCGAAGAGGACAAGGACGGCAAGACGCCCCUCGACAAGUUCACGGCCAGCCCCCUUCGUGACGCUGCAUCUCAGAGGGAGCUGCUCCGGCUGCUCGACCGCAAUGGAAUGCGGCCUGAGAGAGAGGAGGACAUGAAUAUGAAUGACGGGCGGGGGCUGGGCUUUGGGCGGAAGCACAAGGAGAGCAGGUAAGACUAGUCGACAGACACAACUAAGUGCCCUCUACCCAUCAAUAUACACACACACACCUUGUGUUGUCGGCCAUAUCCCUUCUAAAUUGCUCCCUUGUACGUACAGGCCGCUGAGGGGCCGCGACGAUGCUGCCGAUGACAACGAUGACAUGAAUGACGGGCGGGGGCUGGGCAUGGGCCGGUCGUGCAAGUAAGCAAGCUUCUCCGACACACCGAUCAAUCCUUACACACACACAUACGAAUGGACAAUCUGCUGAUGUGCUGUCUUCCUCCAAUAACUGGUCUAUGCAGGACACCAUCGCCACCACCACCACAAGUAUGUGGUCCUGCUUCCACGGAAUCGACGUGCCGAGACUGCCGCUGA